CAGAAGAGAAUCACCUCCCAGACAGACAAUCUCCUACAUUUUUGGAAUCUCCGCGAAAACCGAGGGCAGGAGAGAGAGCCAGCGCCCGCCUUGGAAAAAGAUGAGUGGACUUCUAAAGGGGAGGACGAGGGUGGUGUCGUCGGGAAUUGAAUCUCUGCGGUGGUGCUGGCGACGUCGGUGCCUGUCUCAGCUAGCGCAGGAUGAGGCCGAGAACGACUUCGCUUCUAAAAUGCCGCCAUUCGAUUACUCUCCUCCUCCCUAUACCGGACCCUCCGCUGAUGAGAUCUUAGCCAAGCGGAAGCAGUAUCUCAGCCCCGCUGUAUUCCACUUGUACAGCAAACCACUGAACAUUGUCGCUGGGAAGCGGCAGUACUUGUUCGACGAGAACGGCCGGAGAUACCUGGACGGAUUUGCAGGGAUUGCGGUGGUGGGCUGCGGCCAUGCCCACCCUGAUGUUGUCCAGGCAAUUGUUGAUCAGUUGAAUCGCGUGCAGCAUUCGACCGUCAUGUAUCUCAAUCAUGCCAUCACUGAUUUCGCCGAGGCCCUCGCCGCCAAAAUGCCCGGCAAUCUUAAGGUUAUUUUCUUUACGAAUUCAGGGACGGAAGCAAAUGAGUUGGCCAUGAUGAUGACGAGAUUGUAUACAGGCAGCAAUGAUAUUAUAUCACUGAGGAACGGCUAUCAUGGGAAUGGCUCCGCAACCAUGGGAGCCACAGCUAUGUGCACCUGGAAAUACAACGUUGCACAGAGUGGAAUUCAGCAUGCCCUGAAUCCAGACCCGUAUAGAGGUGAGUUUGGUUCAGAUGGGAAGAGGUAUGCAAAAGACGUUGAGGAACUUAUCCAGUAUGGAACUUCUGGCCGAAUUGCUGGUUUCUUUUCUGAAGCCAUACAGGGAGUGGGUGGAAUUGUAGAGUUGGCCCCAGGGUACUUGCCUGUUGCAUAUGACAUUGUAAGGAAAGCAGGAGGUCUUUGCGUUGCAGAUGAGAUUCAAAGUGGGUAUGCCCGCACAGGGAGUCAUUUUUGGGCCUUUGAGUCGCAUGGAGUUAUUCCUGAUAUAGUGACCAUGGCAAAGGGCAUUGGAAAUGGAAUUCCUCUUGGUGCCGUCAUAACCACUCCUGAGAUUGCACAGGUCUUGGUAAGCCGAGCUUACUACAAUACAUAUGGUGGGAACCCUUUAUGUACAGCUGCUGGCUUGGCAGUUCUGAAAGUAAUUGAGAAAGAAAAGCUUCAGGAGAAUGCUUUUGUUGUGGGAUCCUACAUGAAAGAGAGGCUAGCUGCACUGAAGGAAAAAUUUGAACUUAUUGGAGAUGUAAGGGGAAGAGGUUUGAUCCUUGGAGUUGAGCUUGUCACUGAUCGCAAACUAAAGACUCCUGCAGGGAAAGAAAUUGUUCAUAUAAUGAACCAGAUGAAAGAACUCGGAGUGCUGAUUGGGAAAGGAGGACACCAUGGAAAUGUUUUCAGAAUUACACCACCUCUCUGCUUCACUAAAGAAGAUGCUGAUUUCCUCGUAGAUGCCAUGGACUACACCAUAUCAAAGAUGUAAGCCACCAUAUAAUAAAGAUAUCUGAUUGAUCUUUCACAGGGAUGUAUUAUAAAGUGUUGUAUCAUUCAAACCUGUUAUGAGGGAAAACUAUUCAACUGAUCAGAUAGGUUUUCUGCUUGAACCAAUCUCAGAUUUUCUGUCCUAAAAAGCGUGAGUCAACAACGUGUUGCCUCUCGCAUAAAAUAAGAUGCAGUAAUAUAUUUCAGUCAGUUUC